AUGUCUACUUUAUUUAGUUAAAGAAACCUCAAAUCAGAUUUUCCUAUGCAAAUACUUGUAAGAUUUUAUGAAAAUCGUGUAUGGAUUUAGUAUCCAAGUCUACAAGCCAAACCAAUUUGCAGUAGCCAGAGUACUCCGAUAUAAAAGUGUGCAGCAUAACAUGAUAUAAAGACAGGAUACCCACCUUUUAAGAUAGAACUACUCUCUGUAGUACAAAAUCAACUUUAUCACGGAAUAAAAAAAUAUAAUAAUAAGAAGUAAUUUCUCACUAAUAUAAACAUUAAGCCAGCAGAUAAGACACAAAAAAAUUUAUCUGAAUACUUCGAGUUUAGUUUCUCUUUUAAUAAGGUAAUCUCUACUGGUAAAGCUAAAAUCAUGGUCAUGCGUUAUAGGUAAGUUAAUAUAUGCAAAGACCUAAGACUAAGAAUAGUUAAUAGAAUCGUUCAAAACUAAAAAGCUCAAAUUGAGAGCAGGGACGAAGACAAUAUAAUUAUAAAAAGAGGAGAUAAAUGCACAAAUUUUUGCAAUAGUAGUGAUUGCAUUGGUUCUCUUCUGAGAGCUGAAAUAGAAACAAAUCGUUAUUCCUACUAUCGAGAUGAAUAGUAAGUUAAUUAUUGA